AUGGAGCCCCGGGCUGCCGCGGCGGGCGAGCCGGAGCCGGCGGCGGCGUCCUCCUCCUUCCAGGCCCGGCUCUGGAAGAACCUGCAACUGGGGGUGGGCAGGAGCAAGGGCGGCGGGGGCGGGCGCGCGGGGGGUCCGGAGCGCCGCACUGCGGACACCCCUUCGACCUCCCCGCCACCCGCGGUGGGCACACGGGACGCACCGGCCGGCGGGAGUGGUGCAGGCAGCAGGUGGAGCGGCUUCAAGAAGCGGAAGCAAGUGCUGGACCGAGUCUUCUCCUCCUCGCAGCCCAACCUGUGCUGCUCCUCGCCGGAGCCCCUAGAGCCCCGCGGCACCGGCAGAGCAGAGCAGGGGUCCACGCUACGCCGCCGGAUCCGCGAGCAUUUGCUACCCGCCGGAAAGGGGCCCGCGGUGGCCACGGGAGCAGCGGGAGGGACGCCUCCUGGCGGACGCUCCCCAGACUCAGCUCCUUCCUCUUCCUCCGCCUCAUCCUCCCUGUCCUCCUCGCCCCAGCCUCCCCCGAGGGGUGACCGCGCCCGAGAUGAGGGUGAACGGCGUCAGGGCCCCGGGGCGCACUUGUGCCAUCAGAAGAGCUCCUCUCUGCCGGGCACCGCCUGCCUGGAGCAGCUGCUGGAGCCGCCGCCUCCUUCCGCAGAGCCAGCGGGGAGUCCCGUGGAGUCUCGGGCCCCGGAGACGGGCGAGGAGCGCGGCAGCAGCCAGAAAAUAAACACUGCUGGAACCAGUAAUGCAGAAGUCCCCUUCGCUGAUCCCGGAAUGUACCAGCUGGACAUUACAUUAAGAAGGGGUCAAAGUUUAGCUGCUCGAGAUCGAGGAGGGACGAGUGAUCCAUAUGUGAAGUUUAAAAUUGGAGGAAAAGAAGUUUUUAGAAGUAAGAUAAUACACAAGAACCUCAACCCUGUGUGGGAAGAAAAAGCUUGCAUUCUGGUUGAUCAUCUUAGGGAGCCAUUGUAUAUAAAGGUAUUUGACUAUGAUUUUGGACUACAAGAUGACUUUAUGGGCUCAGCCUUUCUGGAUCUGACACAAUUGGAGUUAAACAGGCCCACAGAUGUGACCCUUACUCUGAAAGAUCCUCAUUAUCCGGACCAUGAUCUUGGAAUCAUUUUGCUCUCAGUCAUCCUUACCCCUAAAGAAGGAGAGUCCAGGGAUGUGACAAUGCUAAUGAGGAAGAGUUGGAAAAGAUCAAGUAAGGAACUUUCAGAAAAUGAAGUGGUUGGAUCUUAUUUCUCUGUGAAGUCUCUCUUUUGGAGGACGUGCGGCAGGCCAGCUCUUCCUGUCCUGGGCUUCUGCAAAGCAGAGCUGCAGAGUCCUUAUUGCAAAAAUGCACAAUUUCAGACCCAAAGUUUACGCCUAUCAGACCUACACAGAAAAUCACAUCUUUGGAGAGGAAUAGUCAGCAUCACCUUGAUUGAAGGGAGAGACCUCAAGGCCAUGGAUUCCAAUGGGUUGAGCGACCCCUACGUGAAGUUCCGGCUUGGGCAUCAGAAGUACAAGAGCAAGAUUAUGCCAAAAACGUUGAAUCCUCAGUGGAGGGAACAAUUUGAUUUUCACCUUUAUGAAGAAAGAGGAGGAAUCAUUGAUAUCACUGCAUGGGACAAAGAUGCUGGGAAAAGGGAUGAUUUUAUUGGCAGGUGCCAGGUCGACCUGUCAGCCCUCAGUAGGGAACAGACGCACAAGCUGGAGUUGCAGCUGGAAGAGGGUGAGGGACACCUGGUGCUGCUGGUCACUCUGACAGCAUCAGCCACAGUCAGCAUCUCUGACCUCUCCAUCAACUCCCUGGAGGACCAGAAGGAACGAGAGGAGAUAUUAAAGAGAUAUAGCCCAUUGAGGAUAUUUCACAACCUGAAAGAUGUGGGAUUUCUCCAGGUGAAAGUCAUCAGAGCGGAAGGGUUAAUGGCUGCUGACGUCACUGGAAAAAGCGACCCAUUUUGUGUGGUAGAACUGAACAAUGAUAGACUGCUAACACAUACUGUCUACAAAAAUCUCAAUCCUGAGUGGAACAAAGUCUUCACAUUCAACAUUAAAGAUAUCCAUUCAGUUCUUGAAGUGACAGUUUAUGAUGAAGAUCGGGAUCGAAGUGCUGACUUUCUGGGCAAAGUUGCUAUACCAUUGCUGUCUAUUCAAAAUGGUGAACAGAAAGCCUACGUCUUGAAAAACAAGCAGCUGACAGGGCCAACAAAGGGGGUCAUCUAUCUUGAAAUAGAUGUGAUUUUUAAUGCUGUGAAAGCCAGCUUACGAACAUUAAUACCCAAAGAACAGAAGUACAUUGAAGAGGAAAACAGACUCUCUAAACAGCUGCUACUGAGAAACUUUAUCAGAAUGAAACGUUGUGUCAUGGUGCUGGUAAAUGCUGCAUACUACGUUAAUAGUUGCUUUGAUUGGGAUUCACCCCCAAGGAGUCUCGCUGCUUUUGUGCUCUUUCUCUUUGUUGUCUGGAACUUUGAGCUCUACAUGAUACCACUGGUUUUGUUGUUACUAUUGACAUGGAACUACUUCUUGAUAAUAUCAGGGAAAGAUAACAGGCAACGUGAUACAGUAGUGGAGGACAUGCUAGAGGACGAGGAAGAAGAAGAUGACAAAGAUGACAAGGACAGUGAAAAAAAGGGAUUUAUAAAUAAAAUCUAUGCCAUCCAGGAGGUUUGCGUCAGUGUCCAGAACAUCCUAGAUGAAGUGGCUUCCUUUGGCGAAAGGAUAAAGAACACUUUCAACUGGACCGUCCCAUUCUUAAGCUGGCUGGCCAUUAUAGCUCUCUGUGUGUUCACAGUCAUCCUGUACUGCAUUCCACUGAGAUACAUUGUCCUUGUCUGGGGCAUCAAUAAAUUUACAAAAAAGCUUCGGAGUCCAUAUGCAAUUGAUAACAAUGAACUACUUGACUUCCUUUCCAGAGUCCCUUCAGAUGUACAAGUGGUGCAAUACCAAGAACUGAAACCAGAUCCUUCUCAUAGCCCAUAUAAAAGAAAGAAAAACAAUCUUGGCUAGCCAGCUUCCAGCACUGAGGAGACCAGCAUCUGUUUGGGAAGAUAAAAGAAAAAGCCCUCAGCCUGAGCAGCAUUUCCUUUCUUUCAGAUUUUUAUUUAUUUUGCCUUUUUAUCAUGAUCGAGAGAAUUUGUAAAUAGUGUACAAAGGCAUAUGUCUUUGAAAAUAUACUUCUAUUGUACAGACUCAACUUGAUAAAGGUUUUGCUACUGCUGUGUGAAAGCCUUGUUAGCUGUGGAAAAUAAUAUAACACACUGAAAGAACAAAUAUAAGAAUGAUAACACUGGAAGAUAUAUUCUUAUCUAAUUACAAGUAGAUUACUCACCUGUGCUCUGAUUAAGUCUACAUCAAUUGUAAAUGUCAAUUUGAUUUUAAAGUUUUUUUUUAAUGUGACUAUUUUUUUAUCUGAAAAGUAAUCCAUUACAGUUUUCUAUGUUUUAUACAUUUCAAAAGGGAGGGAACUACCAAAGCCUAAAUAAUGGAAUGGAUGCAUUUCAAUUUAACAUAUAUUCUGGCUUUAGAUCCCGACAUUCACUCCUGUGCAAAUUACUUAGGUAUGACUAGCCUGAUUUUAAGCUAAUAAGUGAAGGUACAUUCACUCCCUCAAGAGAAUCAAUACUCAGAAGGUUAGAAAGUUUUCUUUACAGAAUUUCAAUCAUUCCAUCUAAAACCUUAAAAUAUCUACAGGACUACACAACAUAAAUACUGCCAGUUUAUAAACGAUUACCUAUCUGAAUUUUUAUACCUACUACUACUUUAAUUUAUACAUAGUUAGCAAAUUAGCAACCCAGUAAGUAGUUAUCAAAAUACUAGCAAACUACAUUCAUAUCGCUUUUGGUGUCAGAUUGUAUCUGUGCAUCUAACAAUAUUUUAAUACUCAAGUGCUCUCACAGAAAAAAAAAACUGCUUUCUCAUUAGAUUACUGAAAUGCUUUAAUUCAUACUAUGAUUUUGUUAUUAGUGUGAAUUUUAAUGUAGAGAAUUCAGUGUGCUAAGUGAUAUGCCAGUGCUUCACUACAUUCAUUUAUUAAAAAAAAUCAUUCUUGAUUAUGCAUGAAAACCUGUUUUGUAAAAUAAACUGCUUGGGGGUGGUGGUUGCCUUUAUCAAUGUUUCACUAUUAUCAUAGAAUCUAUACUUAAAAAUUGCAUUCCCAAGACUCUUAAAGUAGUUUUUGUAUCUCACUCCCUGGUAUACUGAGGGAGCAUAACUGUGGAGAAAAAAAUAACUUGGUUGGUUGAGAAUGUAUUACUUCCCUGACUUGGUAGGGGAUUACACUCAGUUGAAAUUACAGCAGACAAUGCUUUGCACUACUUUAUUAAUAAUAAACUUGGAUGGGGUAAAAGUGAGGGUUAUACUGGAAAAAUUAUAGAAAAGCUAAAAGAAUGUAUAUUUCACUCUAAAGGAAGAUUCUUUAACAAUAAGUGUAAUCUCAUUGAAGCUGAUUUUUAAAGUAUUUUUAUUUUAGAGAUAAGUUGUUAAAUACUAUUUCUUACAAUAGAACUAUUUUGAUCUGUUUAUAUACUAUGCUUGAAUGUCAAUUAAAUUCCCUUUCUACAGAAAGGCUUUGACCUCAACAUGCUUUAUUUAAUGUAUCAUGUUUAAAAUGACAUGCUUCAGUCUGCAUACCAUCACUGUUUGUUGCUAAAAACAUAAUGUUCCAUGAACAUGGUGUUACUACCCAAAGUUUAUUGAUAACUGUUCAAUUAUACCUUAUGUGAGACUUUUAUGUUCUGUGCUGACAAUGUGUACUCAAAUGUCUGUAAGCCUGAUAUUCUACAACCUCAGAUGUAUCUAGUGGAUAGUAACCAUUAACAGAUGACGAAUUUGUUUGUUUCACCGUAUCAAAUUUCAGAUGUUUAGUUCAAUGGUAAUGUUGACUACACAUUCACUGCAUUAAAUACAAAAGACAAUAAUCUUUCCCA